AUGGCAUUUGCAGACGAUCUGGUCUUAUUGAGCGAUUCCUGGGAAAACAUGAAGCAGAACAUCAAGAUAUUAGAGACCUUCUGCAAUCUCCCCGGUCUCAAAACACAAGGGGAAGAGUGCCACGGCUUUUCCAUCAAGCAAACAAAGGACUCUUCUAGCAUCAACAACUGCACUGCUUGGACCAUCACCGGCACAGUCCUGAACAUGACCGGCCCCGGUGACUCUGAAAAAGAUCUGGGCCUGCAGAUUGACCCUUGGAUUGGUCCUCACGGGACAGCAAUGUGUCUCAGCACCAACCCCGGCAGCGGGCAGCAAACAGCAAAGGCAGGCAGGUCCGAUCAGGCAGCACUGGACCUCAGCGUCACUCACCGGCAGCUGGCAGAAGUGGUGAAGGCAGCAGAUCUGAUUGAGCAGCACUGCAGCUCCAGCCAGAGCUCAGACCUAGUGGUCCAUGAGCAGCUUCAUGAUAGGGAGAAACCCUAUGAGUGUGGUGAAUGUGGGAAGAGCUUCCGCUGGAGGUCCCACCUGAUCCGCCACGAGAGGAUCCAUACCGGGGAACGGCCCUACAAGUGCUUGGAAUGUGGGAAGGACUUCAAUGUCAGCUCCAGCCUGAUCCGCCACCAGAUGACCCACACAGGGGAACGGCCCUACAAGUGUGAGGAAUGUGGGAAGAGGUUCAGCAGGAGCUUGGCCCUGAUUCACCACCAAAGGAUCCACACCGGGGAGAAGCCCUACGAGUGUCCCGAGUGUGGCAAGAGGUGUCGGGACAGCUCCAAACUCCUCCUGCAUCAGUGGGUUCACACAGACGAGAGGCCCUUCUGCUGCCCCGACUGUGGGAAGGGCUUCUGCCGCAACUCUAGCCUCGUCCCCCAUCAGCGCAUCCACACUGGGGAGAGGCCCUACAAGUGUCCAGAGUGUGGGAAGAGCUUCACUCAGAGUUCUUACUUGACUAAUCACCGCAUCCUUCAUGAUACGGAGAAGCCCUAUGAGUGUGGUGAAUGUGGGAAGAGCUUCCGCUGGAGGUCCCACCUGAUCCGCCACGAGAGGAUCCAUACCAGGGAACGGCCCUACAAGUGCUUGGAAUGUGGGAAGGACUUCAAUGUCAGCUCCAGCCUGAUCCGCCACCAGAUGACCCACACAGGGGAGCGGCCCUACAAGUGUGGGGAAUGUGGGAAGAGGUUCAGCAGGAGCUUGGCCCUGAUUCACCACCAGAGGAUCCACACCGGGGAGAAGCCCUACGAGUGUCCCGAGUGUGGCAAGAGGUGUCGGGACAGCUCCAAACUCCUCCUGCAUCAGCGGAUUCACACAGACGAGAGGCCCUUCCGCUGCCCCGACUGUGGGAAGGGCUUCUGCCGCAACUCUAGCCUCGUCCCCCAUCAGCGCAUCCACACUGGGGAGAGGCCCUACAAGUGUCCUGAGUGUGGGAAGAGCUUCACUCGGAGUUCUUACUUGACUAAUCACCGGCAGAGCCACCGGUAA